UCUUAGUUUGACUGUUAAUUUUAGGGAUGCACUGACUCUCUCUCUUUCGGUCCGUCAGCCCGGUCGAGGGUUGCCAGGUUACCCCUCCUCACCGGUCCCUGGAAACCCGACCCCUCCCAUCACCCCCAGCAGCUCCAUGGCCCCGCCCUACAUGUCGCCCGGCAACAGUGACGUCAAGCCGCCACCCUCCUCCUUCCUGCCCGACAUCAAACCCAACAUGGCCGGACUACCACCGCCUCCCCCCACAGGUAACCCCAGCGACGACCUGCGGCUGACCUUCCCGGUGCGUGACGGCGUCGUCCUCGAGCCCUUCAGGUUAGAGCACAACCUGGCAGUCAGCAACCACGUCUUCCAGCUGAGAGACUCCGUCUACAAGACACUCAUCAUGAG